UAAAGGAAAUUCCCGUGUAUAUGAUUGCGCGGCGAACGACGAUUGUCUAUUCAACCGGUAACCACCGGACGCUUUAGACGUGCUGUGAGUGUUUUGUGAUGAUGCAGACCAUGAAGGUUGCGAUCUGCUUCGUGGUGGCCAUGCUGGGCAGUGCGGUGACGGACAUGGCCGGGGAGUGCGACAUGGCCGGCUUCUACUUGGAGCUGGGCUGCACUCCUGUGCCCAAGGCGGACAACUCCAGCAUAUGCCCUGAUGCCUUCACCUGCCCUGACCUGCAUCCUAACUCCACCAUGUGCUACUAUAGAGGCGCCCCCUACAGCGAUCGGUCCACAAUACCCCAGAACCUGAUAAAGAACCCUUGCUCGUUGGCAUGCCGCUGCCGGAUAUCGAACGGGGAACCGCAGUUCGACUGCGCCGCUGUCGACUGCGUGGAGACCUUCAAUUCAGACCUCCAGCAGUGUGUCAACACCUUCGAGCUGGACUCUUGCUGCAGUACAGGAACUGUGUGUGGCACAGACGCCAUCGCCAAGCUCAAAACUUGUGACGUCGACGGUAAAACGUACAAAGAAGGACAGAUAUUCGAACCCCUGAACACGCGGAAGAUGUGCAUCUGUACUGGAGACUGGAACGGAACCGUGGACAAUGCUUACUGCAGGGACAUCAACUGUGGCCUCGAGAUCCACUACCAGAACAAGAUUCUGGACAACUGCGCUCCUAUCUUCUCCGGGAAAGUGCGAGAUUGUCCGAUUGGUUUCCAAUGCCCCUCCACCACGUCGAAAGUCAUCAGGGGUUUGAAUCUUCGCAGCAGCACCGCGGAGUGCGUCUUCGGUAACCUAAGAAUGACUGUUGGGGACGAGAUCACCGUCGACGAGAAAUGCAUGAAGUGUUCCUGCAACGUGCCGCCAUUCGUCACCUGCGUCACCCAGAACAGCUGCUAACCUAGUCCUAUGAUGUCAGAUAGCCUAUGCACAAAGCGUAUUUUAAACCGCUGAAGCGUUUUUAACAACUUGUUAAUACGCGCAGUUUCUUCGCAUUUUCAGUACUGGCGUGUAAAUACUCCAUUCACGUCUUCCUAGCGUUUAAAAUAUCGUCAGCUGGUUUAAAUACGUCUCUAGAGGCUCUAAAGCUCUCAGGCUCUUUUUGGAACACGAAGAGUAUCUUUAUCGUUUCCGAGGCUUAUCCCUUAAGAUUUAUUAAUCAAUAAGGAAUUUUAUACCAAGAUUCAUUGUGGCUACAUUUUAAUCUUCAUAAUAUAGUAACAAUUAUAAUUAUUUUCUUCAACAGUUAGGGCUACCACGCAAAUCAAUAAUUAAAAUCAAAUAAAUAAUACCGUUUGAAAUCGAGGUCAAAAUUAAAAUUAUAAUCAAGUAAAAUUUAUAAUCAAGGGAAUUUACUACAUGGAGUGCUUUCACUAAUUUAGUAGAUUACAAUAGCAUUAUUAUAAGAGCUUAUUUAGGUAAACAAUCCGUCCAUGGUUGCCAGUGAUGACGAAAUACAUGGCAUAAAUAAUGCAAGUAUUUAUUAUAAUCUAUUUAUUUAUAAGUAUUAAUAUAUCUUAAUAUUAAGUAACGUUUAUAUAUAAAUAAGGAAUUAUUCACAUUAUGUACACGGUACACAGCCUUAUAAAGAGGACCUUUGUAAAACUUAUAGAUAUGUUAUGACGAUUUUAAAGCUAACUUAUCAUAUACUUUAAGCGAUUUAAUGCUUUGGAACACAUAAAAUUAAGUAUAAUUCGGCCUAAGAAAGGCAUGGGAAAGGAGACAAUGUCUGUUUACCCCUCUUUUCGCACCCCGCAAGAAUACAGGGUGGUCUUUGGCAAUUUAGCAAUAAGAAAUAAACUAAGUCUAAAGAUAUGUAAGUACUUAAUGUAAGUGAUAUUAUGUUUAUAAAUGUAAACUUAUAAUAAAUGAGUAUAAAUGCA